AUGGUGAAACUAAACGCUUGGUUGUUACUUCUCGCGAUUCUGCUGUUCGAAACUAGUUCAAGAACGAAAGCAAGUAUUGCCAUUCCACAAAGUGCUGACGCUUUCGUGGACACAAUCGGAGUUAAUACACACUUGUCGUAUCCAAAUAGUUGUUACAAUAAUCACUGGGAAACUUUCGCCAAGUUUCUAAUAGAGUCUGGCAUUAGACAUAUCAGAGAUUCGUUACGUGAUGGUCCACAAUAUUACUACGACAGACACAACUACCUCGGACGAAACGGAAUCAAAGGUGUUUUCCUAACAGAUAACCCUUCUAGACCAGCAGAUUUAAUUCGAAACUAUCCACAGAAAGUUCCAGACAUUUUCGAAGCUUACGAAGGAGUCAACGAAUAUGAUUUGAAAGGACUCUCUAAUUGGGUUGAAAUCACACGAAACUGGACUCAAUUCCUUUGGGAAAAUCACAACUCGAGUUUUCCAGUUUACGCUCCUUCGUUAACCUCACUUUCUGCUUACGAAGCUUUGGGUGAUGUCAGUAAAUGGGUUGACUAUGUGAAUAUGCAUAAUUAUUAUGGAACUUAUAAUCCUGUGAAGGGAUGGGGACCUCAGACUCAAUAUGGAUUCACUGGAACCAUUGAUUAUUUCAAGAAUUUAACACUCUUGCAGGGUGGUUAUUCGAAACCUAUUAUUACAACUGAAACUGGAUGGCAAACAUUGCCUGCUCAUGUAAUUUAUUGGGUUCCUGAGAUUAUCCAAGCGAGAUAUACUUUGAGAUCUUUGGUGUUGCAAUACAUGAGAGGAAUCUCAAAGACUUAUCUAUACGAAAUGUGUGAUGAUGGCGAGUUCUUUGGAUUGUUGAGAUAUAAUUCGACUGAUAAUAUUGAUUCUCCAUCUCCAAAACCAGUUUAUAGAGCACUGAAGGGAAUGAUUCAAGUAUUGAGUGAAAAUCCUAAACUUGCUAUUUUUGGGUUGAAAGAAUUGAGUUUCGAAUUGAGAACAAACGAAACUAAAAAUGCAAACUUACAAAAAUUGUGGCUUCAAAAGAGUAAUGGAAAUAAGUAUCUAUUGAUUUGGCAAGAAGUUUUCUCAUACAAUAAUGGAAUCAUGAGUUUCUCUCCAGUUUCAGUCAACCUUAAUGUUUCCAUGGAAAUUUCUCGAGUUUCGAAAUAUACAUUCGAUUUGGAUGGAAACAUGAGUAAUGAAAGUUUGAGUUUUUCAAGUAAUGUAACUUUCCUUGCUAGUGACACAAUGUCAAUUAUUGAAAUAGUUCCAAAAGAAAGCUCACCAAUUACUCCUAAAGUUUCGAAUAGUAUUUUGAUUCCACAACAAUCCAAGAAUAUUCAACCUGGAAAGAGCAUUAGAGAAUCGUCUAGCAAUUCAUUAUUUACUUUCACCUACUUGGUUUUAUUAUUGAUUUUUGCAUUUGUAGGUUUCCAAUAA